AUGAAAAAAAAGAUAGGUAUAGUUUAUUUGUUUUUAGGCAUGUGGUCUGGUUUUGUAGGGCUGGGACUUAUUAUGAUAAUUCGUUUAAACUUAAUGAGUCCAUAUCAUAAAAUUAUUUCGACUGAGUUAUAUAAAUUUACAAUAACAAGGCACGGUAUUGUAAUGAUUUUUUUCUUUUUGAUGCCUGUUUUAAUUGGAGGGUUUGGUAAUAUUUUAUUACCAAUAUUCACACGACAGGUAUGUACUUGGGCUCAGGUGUUGGGUGAACGUUUUACCCCCCCCCUCCUAUCUAGAAAGUAUUUUUCUCGUAGUGGUGUGAAUUAUAUAUUAAUUUCUUUGCACUUGGCUGGUUUGUCUAGGAUGUUAGGAGCGUUGAAAUUUAUUAUAACUUGCAAUUGUUAUUUUUAUUCUACCUGUUCUGGUUUAGACUCUAAGUUAUAUGUAGAUUGGGUACUUUGCACCCCAAUGUUUAUGUGGGUUUUGGCAGGAGCCAUAACAAUGCUAUUAUUCGAUCUUAGAUUGGGAAUAUCCUAUUUUGAUCCACUAGGCGGUGGUGAUUCUAUAAUGUUUCAACACAUGUUUUGGUUUUUUGGACAUCCGGAGGUUCAUGUCUUAAUAUUACCUGCCUAUCACAUGUUUACAGUUGGCAUGGACAUAAAGAGUAUAUCGUUUUUUAGUGCUGUCACAGCACUAAUUGGUAUACCAACGGGUGUAAAAAUGAUUUUGUGGGUGUCCAUGUUAACCACCGAAUCAGUUGGCUUGGGUGAUCCUGUGGCCCACUGUAUUGUUUCGGGUGUUGGCUUUAAUUUGUGCUUUUUUCCAAUGCACUACUUUGGUAUGUGCGGCUUACCCCGUCGGGUUUGUGUUUACGAUUCAUAUUUCUAUUAA